GUUUUUUGUCCUAGUUGUAAACACAAGCGAGUACGUGUAGCAAAUAACCAUUUAAAAAUUGUAGAUAUGAAAUUUGUAGGAAGUUUAUAAAAAUUACUGAUUGUUUUAAAUUCCAACUACAUAUGAACGUUAUGAAUUAUAUUUGACCUAAGUUAGUUAAGUAAAGUUACAAUUCCAACUGUUCAAAUAAAUAAGACAAUAUGAACGAUGGACAACAAAUCAACACUAUUUAUUACGGAGUAUACACUCCAAAUGAUAACAGAGAAUAUAAUGGAGCGCCUAAUGUGUUUGAUGAUAAAAAUGAGGCAUUGAAAGUUGCCAAAAAGAACAAAAAGUCCCGAUUUAAGGCCUUCAGUUUUUAUCAUGAAGCUGUGGAGUUUGCUAUGAAUGGAUGUGAGUUUCCCAAUAAUAUCAUUUUAAAUAGUGCAAAUGCUAUUGGGGAAAAAGCUAGUCCUUUCAAGGGACCAAAACCACAAGAAAUCACUGAGCUUCGAAAAGCCAUUGAAAGCGGCAACUAUAAAUUAGUAAAGGAUACAAUAUGGCAAAAUCCAAGAUAUUUAGUUAGCAGUGGUGAUACUCCAGCUAUAUAUCAGGAGGGUCCUCGUUACAAUGCAUUACAUGUAGCUGCCAAAUCCAAAAAUGCAGAAAUGACUGAACUUAUAUUAACAACUAUUGCAAAUCCCGAGUUUAUAAAAUUGUUGUAUGGUGAUGAUAAUCAACAAAGUGCCGAAGAUAGAGCUGCCGUUUUACUAGAUCUAUAUCUCAAUACUCCAAACAAAGGACUGAACGAGACUCCUCUCCAUUUUGCUUCCAAACAUGGAGCCCUAGAUGUUGUCGAAAUUUUGGUCUCUUACUCACAGUGUGAUAAAACUUUAAAAAAUAAAUAUAACAGAACUCCAGAGCAGGUAAUAUGUGAAAGGGCCGAAGGAGAUAACUUAACAGCGACGAAGAAGGCCAUAGACCUGCUGCUUCAGGAUAGUUAUUAUGUACCAGUCUUAAGAGCGGAAGAUAACAGCAUGCCGCCUGUGGUAGGAGAACCUUUUUCGCCUUCUAGUCCACCAGUAAUAAAUUCCAAUCCCCUCAGCCCAAGACUAGAGAUCCACGCAUAUGCUGGUCCUAUGGAGAGAAAAGAAGCGCAACAGUUUAGAAAAGCAUGGAAAACUCCUCCACGAAACUGCAAUGUUUCUCUGUUUGGAUCCAAACCGAAUAAUUUAAUAAACAUAGCUUCACUCAAGUACAAAGAUCCCCAAAAAGGAUUAGAAAGAAUCGGCAAACGACUAGCUAAUAAGUUCGACGUAAAUUGGAAGGAAUAUUGGCCGUUUUUGGACUGUUUUAUCGACGUUAGUUCGGCAGAAGGACUCAAAUUGUUUGAAGCCUAUCUAUCGGAGAAAUAUGCCAUCUUAAACCAAACUGUGUUGGAGGAACUCAAAAAGAGUGCAUCGGCAGAUUUGGACGGUACGGACGUGCUGAGUCCGAUGUCUAACUUGUGUGAAGCGUUUUCCGCUUGCAGGUUGAACGAUUCUACCAUAUCGAAUAAUUCGGGAGUACAGAACAGUGAUUCGAUUAAUUAUAUUGAUAAGGCGUGUCAAGUGUUCGCCAAUAGGGUUUCCAAUGACAUUUUAUAUAUUUUGUGUAGCGAGGACAAUAUUUUACAAAUAUUAGAAACGGAAAUUAAACAGCUAGAAUUGUUAGUGACUAGUUAUAUGGACGAUAGUAGGUUCGCUUUGAUAAAUUUUCAAAAGAUCCAUUCGCGUCUCGGUAUAUUAGUCGGGCAAAAACUUUAUAACAAUCUAAAAGAAAACGUUCGAGGUUUUCUUUGCGAAAAGCUAGAAACGUUGCUAGACAACUUGACGAAAAGUAUAGACUGUUUUUCUUCCGAUGACGAAAGUCAUAACUUAGAAGUGGCGGAAACGCGUAAACCUACCCUACAUAAGCGACAACUGAUUUGUCUUUUGCACUAUAUACUAAAUGUUUUGUCGCAGAAUUUUGACAGCAAACAAGGAGCUGAAGAGGGGGGAUGUGUCAAAGAUUGGGAUAAAGCGGAGGCCUGUACGUGCGUGUAUCACUCGAGAAGAUCUAAAAGGAAUAACAGUGUGUCUAGGAGUAACAGUUUUAAGAGCCAUUCAAUUUUCGGGGCGAGUAACUUGGAACCUGUUACCAGAAAAUUGUCGUUUAGUGAGGAGGAUAAAAAUGAUUCCAGUUGUGUUCCAAAUGGUCUUAACCUAAGUGGAAUUAGUAAUUCUGUUGUAAGCAGUUCAGAUGAAGAUUCCGAAAGUGAAGACAACUUUUAUACGCCGCCUAGUAGUCCUAGUUUAAUAAAAAGCGAUUCGGAAUCAGACGAUGAAUUUGCCGAUUCCGAAUUACCAAAGCACGAAGCUUUCAUAGAAGGGGAUAAUCCUACAAAAGUAGACUGUGAAGUAUUUAACGCUCUGUAUUUUUCCGAGGUUAAAUUAGAUAAUAAGAAGUAUCCAAAUAUUUAUAGAUGGUACCAUACUAUUAGUUUAUAUACACAAGAAGAACGCGAUAGUUGGGGACAUCUCAAGGACCAACAGAAAGCCAAAUUAGACAACCCAAAUUCAUCUUUCAACGUCUCUUUUAAUAUGGACUCGCCGAGGACAAGCACGCCUUCCAAAUCCUGGCUGAGAAUUACAGGUGCCAAUUCACCAAAAACAGCAUUAAAAUCAAGAAGUGUAAUUUUCUAAAUCCGAAAACAGAUAGAACUUAUGUAUUUGACUACUCACAGUGCAAUCGUUCGAUUAUGUUUAUAAAUUUUAAAACAAGAACAGGUUGCAAGGUAUUUAGUCCGGGAUCCCAUUUAGGCCCAGAUUUACUAUUUAUUACUAACAAGCUAAUUUUUCGUGAGUAGCUUCAUUUUGACGAGACGCCCAACUUUUUUCUUACAACAAUUUCCGUUUGUGGCAGCUAACAGGGGUAGCAGGGGUGAAAUAUGUUGGUUUGACGAUUCUCAAAAAUUCAUUACAGUUGAACCUCGAUUAUCCGUCUCUUUAUUAACCGUCACCUCUCUUAACCGUCACAGUCCAUACAUAAGUUACAUUGUAUACAUAAGUAAAAAUUUAGUCAUCAAUUCAUUUUGUUUGAGCAUUGCGAUAAGCCAAACGAAAUUCGUUGAAAUGUACACCUGCAGUUAUGCCACCACCGCAUUUUUUUAUGUAUUUUAAAUAAUUUUUGAUCUUUCAGGGCUCUGGAUCAAAUUUCAAUUUAAAUAGGUAAUGAUAAAUGAUACCGUGCUUUUAGAGUUCUAUUUUUAGAAUCGCAAGCCGAAAAUAAAAAUGCAUAUGCACAGCACAAUAAUUAUUAGUCAAUAUCUGUGUGUCACCAUAAUAUGUACCUACUACGAAUUUUUUUUAAUGUUCUGUUAACCGUCUUUUCGAUUAUCCGUCAUACCCUUGGUCCGAUGCCCUGACGGAUAAUCGAGUAUCCACUGUACUCACUGGGAUAUUUUUGUUAAUUCUGAGGUGUAUCAUUAACGCCCUCUCUUUCCAACGUGUAUCAUUAACGAGGUCAUGAAAAAUAAUUACUAAACAUCUGACUUUUUUUGUGUGAAUUAGUAAUAUUUAUAUAAUUUAACACCCACAUUGUCCUACAAAUUACGUAGUACGUUAUCCUGGUCCUACGUUUAAAAGUUGUAGUAAUGUAAAAGCUGAUGUAAAAAUAAUUACAUACUAUCAAGCUGAAUCUUCGUGAAUAGAUUCGCUUAGAUGAGACGCCCAACAAUUUCCUGUACGAAAAUUUUCUUUAGUUGUAGCCAACUGGGUAGCAGGGAUAAAGUAUGUUAAUUUGACGAUUUUCAAAAAUUUAUUACUAACUGUUUUUUUGUUAAUUCUCAAGAUAAUUAUCCAAAUUAGUCGAAAAAUAUUUGUCCUACAAAAAGCAUUCUAUCAAUGAGUCUCCCUUUUUCAACAUGUAUCAUGAACGAGGUCAUGAAAAAUAAUUGAAGGGUACAGGCAAAGAAGGUGCUAUGUCAAAAUAAUAAGUUUCGAGAAAAAUGGUUUUAAAGGUUAAUACUCUCUGGUGUUUAUUUAUUAUUCAUGCUCUAAAAAAAUAAUUAUAAUCUGGUUUUAGAAACAUACACUAAAAUAUAAAAUAUGAAA